AGGCUGGUUAGAUUGAACAGUGCACAAGGGUUAAGAAGCAUUCAGAAAUGUCUGCCAAACCCUCUCCACCUAACCGUUUGUAGUAUUUGUAGUUUAACACUUUCUACCUGUGUUUGAAGUUGUAACAGCACAAGCACGUCAGUCCCUCCCCCGCAUGACGUCACAGUUUCGAACGCUAAUUAGAACACACUCUUGAACGCGCGUCAGUUUGAUUUGGUGUUCAGUGGUGUAGAUGGUGUUUGACAGUCAGCGAACAGUCAUGCGUUUUCAGUCAAAAAUACAGCGUUUACAGCACGAUAUGGAUUACAAUAUUCUGGAGAGAAUGAUUACAAGAGAUUCACCAGAGUUCAGGAGCCGCGGUCGCGCUGGAGGAGCGUCCGAACAGAGAGCUUCAUCUGCGGCCGUCGUGGAGAACCAGACAGCAGAGAUGCAAAGACGAGGACGGAGGAAGACAGGCGUUCUUUCAUUCUUCCGGAAAAUGGGAAGAGCUAUCCAUAAGCUUUGCUGUAUGGAUGCAGCAGCAACAUCUAUAGUGGACCACACUGACCCAUCUGGUAGCGCUCGUGCUGUCGCCUCAGAAUCGAGAGAACGGACUAGAAAGAUCUACCUCAAGAAAGAUUGCAGCAAAGUCAUCUUGAGAAUCGUCAAGGGCACCCCAGGGUCCCCGGAUCCGUGUGGGGUCUGUGUUGUCUCCAUUGACGUGGACCAACCUGGGAUCUCCAGUGUGUCUGUUGACCCGGGACCUAAUGGAUUCUACUCGGAUUCUUUUAGUCCGGGUCCACCUGGAGUCCUCCGCUUGUCCCUCGUCCUAUGUCCAUCUGGGGUGUUCAGUGUGUCUCUUAAUGCUCGUCCAUCUCGAGGCUGCAGGGUGUCUGUUGAUCCCGGUUCGUCUGGGUUCUUCAGUGUGUCCUCUUAUCCGGGUGCGUCUCGGGACUUCAGUGUAUCUGGUAACCCGGAUGCCUCUGGAGGCUGCAGGCUGUCUGUGGAUACGGGUCUGUUUGGGGGCUGCGCAGUGUCUGCUGCUUCGGGUCCGUCUGAUUGCGGCAUGUCAGCUGCUCCGGGUCCGUCUGAUUGCGGCAUGUCUGCUGCUCCGGGUCCAUCUGAUUGCAGCAUGGCUGCUGAUCCGGGUCCGUCUGAUUGCAGCAUGGCUGCUGCUCCGGGUCCGUCUGAUUGCGGCAUGUCUGCUGAUCCGGGUCCGUCUGAUUGCAGCAUGGCUGCUGAUCCGGGUCCGUCUGAUUGCGGCAUGUCUGCUUAUCCGGGUCCGUCUGGUUGCACCAAGCCUGCUGCUCCGGAACCGUCUGGUUGCACAAUUCCAGCUGAUCCAGGUCCGUCUGGUUGCACAACGUCUGCUGCUCCGGGUCCGGCUCCUCACUGGUGGAUCAGCAGUUCCAGCCCGCCAAGCAACAGAACCAAUCAGAUGGCGGUGAUCCAGUAUUCAGAAGGCUUCAUAACGCCGGCAGACCUGACUCUCUAUGUGUUGUGUGUUCUUGUAAUUCUUUUAUUGCAUGUAGUGUUUGUCUGCAUCUGAACUGUAAUAAAUUGUGUUUGAAUACACUUGAAA